UUCGGUAAUUUACUGUUGUGAGAUACCAAAAAAGAAAGCGUUUCUAGAGUUUUCGUUUCACGAUUUUAUAUGUGACAGCAAUAUCAAAAAAAAGUAGCUACUUUCUCAGCGAAAUUUCUUAUAUAGUUGAUUGAUUACACCUAUAUCGAUAGUUUGAGUUCAAAUAUGGCGAAUAUCUUCACAAGUUGCCAACUUUUGUUCACUCUCUUCGCCCUUUCAAUCACGCUUAUUGCCGGCCAAGACUCUUCAAUCGAUGACCUUGAAAAUGGGGUGGAAAUUCAAGAAGAAUUGAUGAACAAAUUGCGCAAAAAAGUCCCAAAAUACAUGCCCCCUUCAGAUCUGAAAUACAAACAAGUCGCGGUUAAAUUGGACAUCUACCAAAUUUUAGACGUAAAUGAAAAAGAUGGUUUGAUGACUCUGAAAUUAUUCGUGUAUUAUUAUUACAAUUCUCUGUCUGCAAAAUGGGAUCCCGAUGAGUAUAAUGGGACCCGGAUGUUGGCGGUACCCAAAGACACCUUCUGGACCCCAGAUUUAACCAUCAGGAGUGCAAUGAAAGUCAACUACGAUGCGUACGACAAACAGACGGUAUGGUCUUCUGGCUUCAUAGUCACAAGAUCUACUGUAGUUUCGGCCAUAAUGUCAUGUGACUUCGAUGUGACCUAUUUCCCAUAUGACAAACAGGAAUGCGAGUUUGAGGUAUCGCCCAUGAUCACCUAUGAUGACAUAUACACUGUCGUAGUUGUUGAUGACGGUCAGUUGGAUCUGAUUUACUACCAGGAUAAUGACCAGUGGGAGCUCAUUACGCCAGUGGUUAUAAAAACUGCGUCAGGCCCAUACAUUCACAGCAAAAGGUACAACUAUACUUUCCUUCGCGUGACCGUGAAGCUGGCGAGGAGACCCCUGUACUACCUUGUCAUCAUUGUGUUCCCAAUCGUCACACUCUAUCUCUUCUCAGGCCUGACCUUCUUCGUGCCUGCUGGAUCUGGAGAGAAGACUGGUUUUGCAGUGACCCUCCUUCUGGGUGAAGUGGUGGCAUUUGGCACCCUCAGUGAGAUAUUCCCAGACAGCUCCACUGGGUUCCCCCUCAUGGUCUACUUUGUCAGUAGUGUCACACUUCACAUGAGUUUCCUCUGUCUGGCCGCCAUUAUGGUCGUGGCUAUUCACAACUGGACUGAUAAAAGCAUGAGCCCAUUUCUCCUCAAGAUAAUUCAGUCACCCUACCUGAAGUACCUCUUCCUCAACCGAUACGAAUCCUCCAACGGAGCCCCGGCCGAAGGAAACAACUCCUCCCCCGGAAGCGGAAUGGGCCAAAAGUUGUCCAAGGAGUCUGAAUCCAACAUGGACAACAAUGCAAAUGUCGAUGUCGAGGUGGACCCAGUUGGUGGAAAGGGGGGACUUUUCCCCAAGUCGGAGGGCAACAGUGGUGAAGACGGGGGAGAAGACACUGGAGUGAAGUGGCAGAUUUUGGCAGCCGUGGUUGACCGGAUUUUCCUGAUCGUUCACGUGAUCGUGCUUUUGAUCAACAUCAUGUACUUUAGAACCAUCAUCUUGUAAUGAUUGCGCUGCGCUGUUAUGAUUGUUCAUGAAUUGCCUUUGAAAAAUAACUCUGAAAAAAAACUGGCGCUGCUCUGGACUUGUAGAGAAAAAUCUGACUCGGUUUGUAGAAAAAAAUGUGACCUGAUUUGCAGAAAAAAAUCU